AUGGAACAGUGGGUUUUCUUCAGGUGGGUGCUCCGGGGUGUGAACCCGUCAAAGGCUGCUGGUCCCGAUGGUAUCCGGGGAGGGUUGGGGCCACACCACUCGGUGCUGACAGUGAGCCCUGGGGUGCCUCAGGGCUGUGUGCUCGGCCCCAUGCUGUACACCUCGUACACCCACCACUGGGCACCAGCCCACAGCAGCAACAUCUUUGCCAGGUUUGCGGAUGACACGACUGUGGUUGGGCUGAUUCACAACGAUGAUGAGACGGCCUACAGAGAGGAAGUCCUGGAGGUGUAUGAGGGAGAGGAGGCCUAUCAGGAGGAGGAGGCCUAUCGGGAGGAGGAGGCCUAUCAGGAGGGAGAGGCCUAUCAGGAGAAGCCCUAUCAGGAGGAGGAGGCCUAUCAGGAGGAGGAGGCCUCCUAUCAGGAGGAGGUUUCUGCUCUCGGACGGAAGGGGGCGCUACUGGUUCAUGACAGGCAGGAAGUCGUCAUCAGGUCACAGGAGCAGCGCGCGAAGAAGAAGAAGAAGAAGAAGAAGAAGACGCACCAUAGCAACGGAGAAACAAAGAUGGUGGUCUCAGCUGCUGCUUCAAACUUCUUCUGUUUGUUUUUCUUGUUUACUGCCGUCACCGCCGACGUAAAUAGCACCAGUUACAGCUUUAAUGCCACCGCGUCCGAUGACCACAACGUUACGGACACUUACACAACACAACCGACAGCGUUCGAGCCGACAUCGCCGACACCGAGCGACAGCAGCACCGAGGAGCCGGUCCUCCCCGGAGAGCCGCUGCCCGAGUCCGGCCGCCUGCUCACUCCUGUCACCGCCGUUGACAGUCUGUGUCCCUGUGAUGAACACAAGGAUGUGUGUGACAUCAACUGCUGCUGCGACAGAGAGUGCAGCGAGGACGUGGCUCUGUUCACCAGCUGCUCGGUCCAAGCUGUCAGUGGCAGCAAGCAGCUGUGCAGCCGUGAAGUAGCAUCCUACUCUUUAAGGAAUACAGUAAACGGCUACUCAGAGCUGCAGUCGUCUGUCCAGGAGGAGACCAGUUACGACAUCUUCUGUAUUCACUCACAGAACCGUGUUGAUGGAUUUUCUCAUCCACCGCCCGCACUUCCAACUGAUGACAACUUUGAGUCGCUCUUUGAACAGUUUACCAGCUAUAUGUUUGGCUCAGACAGCAGUACUCAGGUGUCCCCUACAGAGUUCCAGGCCUCACCUGGAUACCUGUUUGGGGAUGUGAUGCUGAGAGUGGGAGACAGUGGCCAGAGAGGGAUGUUCUGGCUGCCAGCUCCUGGUGUCACUGCUGACUGUGUAGACAACAGUCCUGCAGCGUUCCUGAAGGAUCAGAGCAGUCGUUGUUCCCGACGUGUGGUUCUGGAUCAGGACUGCAGCUCUCUGCCAGCCCUCAGCGUGGACACCUACACCAACAUCCAGCUGUUUGCUGGGAAGGAUGUCGAUGCAGCAGUUGUUCCUGUGGAGGUGGCUUCAGUCAUCCUGCAGUCAACAGACGGCACUCAGACCGAGCUGCAGAUCAGUGCUGGGAAAAACCUGAGUCCGGUUCUCCUCAGGCCCAGCCUCUGUGCCAACGUGGUGCUGAAGGUUGUCUAUGUGAUGAAGUACAACCCAGGUGGUGAGAUAGUAAAUGCAACAGCGUCUGUGGUGCUUGGAUUUGUCAGUGAAGACAUGCUGCCUCUGGAACAGGAGUUUCACAUCACAUAUGUCCAGGAAGACGGUGGUGAGGCGACUGUCCGCUACAGUGGAAAUCCAGGUUAUGUCGUGGGACUACCUCUUGUGUCUGGAACAAAAACAGCAGACGGGAUCGCCAGAAGUGUCGAGCCCACAGACACACUGUCUUUGCUCCACAGUGCUGAGGACCAGGACUGUUUGCAGGGUCCACACCGGCGCUCUCCUGUCUUGUUUGGUCACAACUCCGUGUCUGGCUGCACAUUAAGACUGAAGGACGCUGAAAACUGCUCCCUGGUCUCUCAUCUGCUUCUGAACGUUCUGAGAAGACCAAACUAUCCCCAGUACGUGGCUUCCUUUGGAAACUCCCCGUUAGACAAUCCGCUGGACUGGGUGCAAAUCAAGAACAACUUCAAUCCUGGGGCCCUGUUGUCGGGAGGCAGCAGCGUCCUGCCGAUCAGAAGCUCGGUGGCGUUCAUACCAGUGUCUGCUGCUGCUCUUCCUGGUUACAGAGCCACACCCACCAUCGAUGCCCAACUGCCCUCUGACUUCUUCUUUCCUUUCGUCUGA